AUGGAUGUUGCGGAGCGCGAAAAUCUCGAGGCGAUACGGAGAUACACGAAGGAGUCCAAGAUCGGAGAGGGUACAUUCGCUGUCGUGUACAAAGGACGACAGUUAUCAACGGGGAGACCAGUAGCCAUUAAAAAGAUCAAAGUUGGACAGUUUAGAGAUGGACUUGAUAUGACCGCUAUACGAGAAGUCAAGUUCCUCCAGGAACUCAAGCACCCCAAUGUUAUCGAGCUAUUGGACGUCUACUCUAACAAGUCGAACUUGAACCUAGUCCUCGAAUUCUUGGACUCGGACCUGGAGAUGAUCAUCAAAGACCGAAAUAACGUCUUCAAGCCAGCCGAUAUCAAAUCGUGGAUGGCGAUGACAUGUCGCGGGCUCGAGUUCUGCCAUCGGAAUUGGAUUCUGCAUCGCGAUUUGAAACCGAACAACUUGCUGCUCGCAGCGAACGGCGAGCUCAAAAUCGCCGAUUUUGGUCUUGCCCGGGACUUCACCGACCCUGGCUCUAAGAUGACUUGCCAGGUGAUCACCCGUUGGUACCGCCCUCCAGAGCUCUUCUACGGAUGCCGGGCGUAUGGUACCAGCGUCGACAUGUGGUCUGUUGGGUGUAUAUUUGCCGAGCUCAUGUUGCGGGUGCCGUACAUGGCAGGGGAGAGUGACUUGGAGCAACUGAAGAUUAUUUUCCGAGCUUUGGGAUCACCGACUGAAGAUACCUGGCCCGGGCACACCAAGUUGCCGGAUUACGUCGAUCUGGGCAAGUUCCCGAAGCCGAACAUGCAGGAUCUCUUUACCGCAGCCAGUCAACCGGCCCUUGACCUCAUGCAGAAGCUUCUGUUAUACAACCCACUCCAACGUAUUUCUGCUAAAGAUGCGCUUCAUCACAAAUAUUUCACAUCGCUGCCCCAUCCGACGCACCCUUCAAAACUUCCCAGGACAGGACAGCCCAUGAAAGCCAGACCGCUACCGAUCGAUGAGCUCGAAGGUAAGGGUGCCACUGUGACGGGCCAGGGUGCUGCAAAAAAGCGGAAGUCCACAGUCACAGACGAUGGAAGAUCCAGGAAGGUUGCACGAAAGCUCGAGUUCAAAUGA